UUUUCUCUGUCCGUCAUGGACGUGUAUGCUUUCCUCCCCAAAAUCCAGCCUUAUGUUUCCGUGCUGUUGGGAUCUUUCGCUUUCUUCAACGUAAUCCAUCUUGUCGCCGUCCCUCUCUUUGCAAACCUGUUCUUUCCAACGCAAUGGGCCAAAAUGAACUCGCGAGCCCGCAACAACUGGGCCAUACAUAUCUGCUCUCAAGCGCACGCGCUGGUUAUUCUGCCGCUUGCGUGGCGAUGCAUAGGGCUGCCAGAGCUAGAUGCCGACCGCGCAUUUGGCUGGCAUGAGCGAAAUGGGACGGUGCAAGCUAUUGCUUGUGGCUACUUCAUAUGGGACACCCUGGACGCCAUUGUAAACUACGACAACAUUGGGUUCGUGCUGCAUGGCUUAACAUGCGGCGCGAUCUAUCUCCUCUCAUUUAUCCCAUUCCUUGGAUACUUCGCGCCGCGAUUUCUGCUAUGGGAGACGAGCACUCUUUUCCUGAACAUCCACUGGGCACUGGACAAGACUAACCGCACCGGCGGUAGCUUACAACUAAUCAACGGCGUGCUUCUCGUCGUUUCCUUCGCUCUUGUCCGUCUGGUCGCGGGUGGCUAUUGGUCCUACCAAUUCUACGAAACCCUGUUCGAAUACAAGGACAGGAUUCCUUUAGCUGCACUCGUUGUUCCCGGUAUCGGGAACGUAAUCCUACAAGGCCUGAACUGGUUUUGGUUCACCAAAAUGAUCUCUUCCUUGCGUAAACGCUUCUCCUCCAAGGAGAAGACAAGGAAACAAAACGGGGCGGCGGCCAACGGCCACGGAAAGCACCAAAAGGCUGAUUGA